UACUGCUUAGACCUCGGCGCGGCUUAAAAUUAAUCGACUAUGCCGCUCACGACACCAUCCGUAUUCCCUCCCCAAUCGGUGGAACUGCAGAAGUUCCCAAGCCGCAGGAGUGUAGUUCACAACACGAAGGGAAUCGUAUCUUGCACGCAACCCCUGGCUGCAAAAUGCGGUCUCGAAGUAUUGAAUGCAGGUGGUAACUGUGCUGUAAGUGAAAUCAGCGGGGUAAUAUGCAGAUAGAGUUGUAAAUGCUGACUGCAGUUGUAGGACGCGGCCGUUGCAGUUGGUAUGCAUCAACGAAACCAGAAUAGACUGGAAAAGAGAUGAAGACUGACUCUAAGCAGCUGCCGGACUGAAUAUCACGGAGCCCGGUUCGACAGGUAUCGGUGGUGACAUGUUCUGUCUGUUCUACGAUGCCAAGACAAAGCAGAUCUCGGCGAUGAACGGCUCCGGGCGCGCAGGAAAGAACUGCAGCCUAGAAACCAUCCGCAGCUCGCUGGGUAUCAAGGAUGGCGAGUCGGGCAGCAUCCCCAUGACGAGCGUACACUCCGUCACCGUGCCCGGCGCACCUGCGGGAUGGGUCGACACGGUUGAGCGCUUCGGCAGCGGCAAGGUGACCAUGGAUCAAAUCCUAGGGCCGGCUAUUGAGCUGGGCGAGACGGGAUUCCCUGUUUCGGAGUUGAUUGGUCACUAUUGGAACGCGGCGGAGCAGACCAUCCGUAAUGCAUCGCCAAACUUUGGCGAGAUGCUGAAGAAGGACCCGGCGGCUCCUGAUGGUGUGCGCGCGCCGAGACCGGGUGAGAUCAUGAAGAACCCAACUCUAGCGAAGACCUUCAGGACUCUCGCGACUGAAGGCAAGAAGGGCUUCUACACGGGCCGUAUUGCGGAGGAGUUCGUCAAGGUGGUAAAGGAUCUCGGUGGCCAUCUAGAGCUCGGAGAUUUGGCACACCACCUGGAGCUUGGCAGCGAGCCUGUCGACGCGAUCUCACUUAAGUUCCAGGGCCAAGGCAUAGGCAAAAUCCUCAAAAGCUCCAUCCAGGGCGACGUGGCCGAGAAAGAUAUCGGCAUCGAGCUGUGGGAACACCCGCCUAACGGGCAGGGCAUCGUGGCGCUGAUGGCGCUGGGCAUCAUCCAGGAGCUGGAGCUCGCGGGCAAGAUCCCGACGUUCAAGCCCGAGGACUUCAACACGGCGCCGUACCUGCACGCCAUUGUCGAGGCCCUGCGCAUCGCCUUCGCCGACGCCAGCUGGUGGGUCACGGACCCGAACGUCGAGAAGGUGCCCACGGCUGCCAUGAUCUCCAAGGAGUACCUCGCCGAGCGCGCCAAGCUAUUCAGCUCGGACGAGGCAAGCCCGAUCGUGCAUCACGGCAGCCCGGCGUUGCAGAGCAGCGACACGGUGUACUUCGCCGUCUCGGACGCCGAGGGGAAUGCUAUCUCGUUCAUCAACUCUAACUAUGGUGGUUUCGGGACGUGCAUCAUUCCCAGGGGCUGCGGUUUCACGCUGCAGAACCGUGGGGCCAACUUCAGUCUGCAGGCGGAUCACCCGAAUGCUCUUGCGCCGAGGAAGAGACCUUACCAUACAAUCAUCCCGGCUGCGGUUACGAACCUGCACGAUGGGUCGCUGCAUAGUGUAUAUGGCGUCAUGGGUGGGUUCAUGCAGCCCCAAGGUCACGUCCAAGUCCUGCUUGGCCAGAUCGUGGGCGGAUUGAACCCGCAACAGGCGCUCGACGCGCCGCGUAUCUGUAUCGGUGCGGGUAUGCCAGAACAUGGUAAGGUAUUUGACCCUACGGUAAGUGUCGAAGAAGGGAUGCCUGUGGAGACCGUAGAAGGCUUGAGGAAGUUGGGCCACACGGUCAAGGUUGUCACUGGACAAGGACGAGGAUUGUUCGGCAGAGGCCAGAUCAUCCGAUGGAGCGUUGAUGCUGUUGAGAACCAAGGUGUUUGGUCGGCUGGCAGUGAUCCUAGAGGCGAUGGUGGCGCAUACCCUCAAUAGAAUGUGGGACAACGGACCAAGACGACGUUACAGCUGUUCGAUUUAGGAGUAUGAAUUAUGAAGUCCUAUUAUCAUAUACAAGGCGCAUUGGUAUUGCGAAUCAUCGAGCUCGCCAGCAGUGCCGCUAGUUCUAAUGUACACACCUGAAAUUCUAGCUCAUCGUACACAC